GCUGUUGAGUUUUGAGUUGAUCGUCCGACGAGUUCAUUUGUUGAAUUGUGUCUUUACGAGAGAAUUUUUCCUCCUACGGGUUGAAUUGUUAUCGAAACUGAUAACGAUAUGUUGUGUCGUUUCUGUGAUUAAUAUCCAAGGCAGUUUUGAACCAUAUUUUGUUGAUAAGUCUAGAGUUAAACGUUUAAAACGCUACUAUGUCCUCAGCUUGCUUCAGAUAGCAUACAACGUGGUCUUCAAACCUUUUAUUGAAGCUUCCUCCGCUAGAUAGGGCUCCAAAAAUACGAUGUGUGUUAUGUAACGGGUUGUUUGUUGUGUUAUUUUUGUGGGUGCGAUUUUUGAGCGUGUGAAAAUGAGGGUUGUGGCGCUAAUUAGUGGCGGCAAAGACAGCUGCUACAAUAUGAUGCAGUGUGUCGGCGCCGGGCACGACAUCGUGGCGCUGGCUAAUCUCAGACCGCAGCACAGAGAUGAGCUGGACAGCUACAUGUACCAGACGGUGGGCCACAUGGGCAUUGACCUGUAUGCGGAGGCGAUGGGCCUGCCACUGUUCCGUGAGGUCAUCAGCGGCACCGCACUGGACCAGGGCCGCAACUACAAGCCCACUACCAAUGAUGAGGUUGAAGACCUGUACCGGUUGCUCGCCAAAGUUAAGGAUGAAGUAGGAGUGGAAGCAGUGGCUGUUGGCGCCAUCUUGUCCGAUUACCAAAGAAUACGAGUCGAGAAUGUGUGUGGAAGGUUAGGUCUAGUCUCGCUGGCAUAUCUGUGGAGGAGAAACCAAAAGGAAUUGUUGCAAGAGAUGAUAUCAAGCGGUGUUGAUGCCAUUAUUAUAAAGGUGGCAGCCCUAGGCCUCGAACCGCGCGCGCACCUCGGCAUGACCCUGCGCGAGGUGCAGCCCCACCUGCUGCUGAUGCAGGAGAAGUACGGGCUGAACGUGUGUGGUGAAGGAGGGGAAUAUGAGACCUUCACGCUCGACUGUCCUCUGUUCCGGAAGCGGCUCGUUGUUGACCAAACGGAACUAGUGAUGACAACCGACGACCCGGUCUCCCCAGUCGGCUACCUCAACCUGUCCAAGCUGCACCUCGAAGACAAAGACAACAACGACAUCACCCUCCCGCCAACCGUCAAAAACGCACUAGACUUCGUCAGCGACCUGAGCGACACAGUCUUCAGCGAUCUAAGCGACCUCGAGCACAGCGAAUCGGAAUUGGAAUCCAUAGAGAAGCUAGAGAAGGAGGAAAAGAAGAAAAAACAGCAAGAGAAAGAGUUGAACCCUCUGCUUACUUAUUCCGGGGAUAAGGAGGUCAACGAUGUGGCGGAAGUCGAAGAGGAACCGAUACAAGAGGGGUACUACUACGACCAAGCGCAUUUGGAGAGCGACCGCCAUACGGUAGUAGACCACCGGAGUAUAUUCGGCAACCGACACGGCUGGUACUUUAUAGGCGGGAUAGUGGGGGAGGGAAGCGACACCGGCCCCGCCACAGAGGACGCUAUGCAAAAACUUAUUAAUUUACUCUCUUCGGAAAAUUUGAGACUGCAGGACGUGUGUUCCGUAAACAUUUACAUGCGGGACAUGGCUGACUACAAUGAUUUAAAUAAGGUUUAUUUGGACAACUUUAGUUUCGAGAAUCCCCCGACCAGGGUGUGUGUUGCAGUUCCGUUGCCAAAAGAUGUCGGUCUCAUUUUGGAUGCCGUUGCUCACAAGCCAAGUACUAGUCAAGAAAUUGAGCAUAAUAGUAAUAAGGAAAGAGUUACAAUGCAUGUUCAAGGCAUCUCCCACUGGGCGCCAGCCAAUAUUGGCCCUUACAGCCAAGCCGUGAAGGUGGGCGAGCUAAUAAGCACAUGCGGGCAGAUAGCGCUAGUCCCGGGCAGCAUGCGCCUGGUGGAGGGCGGCGCGCGGCGCCAGUGUGCCCUGGCCCUUAGACACCUCACCAGGGUCAUCCGAGCCGUCAACCCGAGGGCGCACAUACGGAGCGUGGUUCAGAGCGUCUGCUACACAACGCACGGCAGCAUGAUCAACGAGGCUCGCCGGCAGCUGGAGCGGCGCACCGCCGGCGCCAUCGCGCAGUACGCGAGCGUGUCCGCGCUGCCCCGCGCCGCCGCCGUCGAGUGGCGCGCGUUGGCGCACACGCACAACAACCGCUUCGACUAUGAAGAGACGGGGUGCAACGUGGGUGAAUACAAGGUGGCCAUCACGAGGAGGUGGAACUACGAGAACACCGUCGCCGCCUUCGUGUGUAAUGUAGCCACAGGCUCAUCCCCCUCCUCCUGCCAGCUCUCAUUCCCCUCCGAAGAGGCGUGCCAGUCGCACCGCGCGCUCGCCUCGCAGAUGACUACUGAAGAGAUCACCGAGGUGCUGGAGUACGCGCUCAGCAAACUGCUGAAUGAGUGUCAGGAGACGGAGCCUCGGCCCGCGGUUAAUAUGAGGAUAUUCUAUCAGGUUUGGUCAGCCCCGCCCCUACCCCGCAUCCUGGCGGCGCUGGCGGCGGCGCGCGCGCGCGUGUGUCCCGCGGCCGCGUGCUCGUGCGUGCCCGUGCUGGCCCUGCACAACGCCGCCACCUUCCUCUCCGUGUCGUCUCUGCGCACCGACGAGUGACACACGUACCCUUCCUAUGACUCAAAGGUGAAUUCAGAUGCUUUAUUGCCUGUUUAUAAAAUAAUAUAUUUGCUGAAUAUUUUCAGUGUUUAUAAAAUUUUGUUAAAUUAUGCUACCAAGUUUACCAUAUAUGUACUGUAAGUCAAAUUAUAUAAAUUAUUUUUUAUUGCA